GAUACACCCUCAGACGGUCAUUCCAAAAGAUUUUAAGCCUCUCUCAAUCUCAUUGUUUCUACUGGCAUGCUCCUCUGUUUCUUCUCUGAUGUAUCGAGUCUGAACUCUAGUAGAGUUUCAAGAUUUUCCUUUAUAAAUCUUAACCUCAUUGUUCAUCUUAACGAGGCCUGCAAUCUUGCUUCUUCAAGUCUCGUGAAUAGCAAUGGCGAUGCGUGCGGCAAACAGCAAUUCUAUCCUUCGCUAUGCUAAUUCCUCUCUCCCCGCAUUUCUUUGUAGUUUAUCAUAUUAUCGGCCUUCUUAUGUUAGCAGAAACUCGAAGUUAGGGCUUCGAACAAUGUGGUUGGAUAAGCUCAUAAUUCAUGAUAACACACUGCGUUGCUCUGUUCAUAGCCUCAUCGAAAGCGUCAUUGAAAAGCUCGAAGCGAUACAUACAAGGAAGCGAGUUCGUGAGAGCACAAAAAUGAGAUUAAUGAGUAGCAAGGAGCCUGUUGAAGAUAAGUUCAAGAAACGGGUGCUACAGAAAGGGCUGCUUCUUGAAUUCCGGAAAGAUUCUGAAAGGGUAUUGCUGGCAGUUGUUCAGAAACCUGAUGAGAAGAACAACUGGAUGGUGUCCGAUCAGAAUGGUGUCACAUCCUCCAUUAAACCCCAACAAAUUACAUAUAUUGUUCCAGGUGUUGAAAAUUUUAAUCAUUCAGAGAUCUCAAAUUUUCUUCAGAAAGCUCAAGUUAACUUGGACCCAACAUUACUUGAACAUGCUUGGAUGGAGUGCCUGGAAAGUAAUAAGUUAGUGACAACGGAAGAGCUUGCUGUGAUUAUAUUUGGUAGCAUGGAGCCUUUGGAAAGUUAUUGUGCCCAUUUGUUGAUAUCAAGAGAUGAAAUUUAAUUCAAUACAGUGGAGUCUGAAGGAUUACAUUCUGUUUAUCAACCCUGCCCGAGUGCUCAGGGUGCAAUUGACACAGCAACAAUAGAAGCACACAUCAAGGUAGCUAAUCCAGAUGAUCCAGAGCCAUCCAUCAAUCUCUAUGUUGAAAACCAAGCAGACCCUGCUAGGCGACUUGUCUCAGAGAUGACGAUACUGUGUGGAGAAGUUAUAGCCACUUUUAGUUCUUCCAAGAAUAUACCUUUACCUUACAGGGGGCAACCUCAGUCAAACAUUGAUUCAUCUGCAUUUGCCCAUCUUCCCGAAGGACCUGUUAGAAGCUCUGCGUGUGUCAAAAUAAUGCGUGCAGCAGAAAUGAAUUUCAGGAGGCCUAUACACCAUGGCAGCUUGGGAAUUCCUGGUUAUGUUCAGUUUACAUCUCCAAUCCGUAGAUAUAUGGAUAUUUUUGCUCACUAUCAGGUGAAAGCCUUUCUUAGAGGAGAUUCUCUUCCUUUCUCAGCUGGUCAGUUGGAAGGAAUGGCAUCACUGAUAAACAUGCAUGUUAGAGUAGCAAAAAGACUCUACAACAGCAGCCUUCAAUAUUGGUUACUAGAGUUCCUGAGAAGGCAACCCAAAGAGAAGAAGUUCCAUGCCUUGAUUUUAAGAUUUAUCAAAGAUCGAAUGGCAGCCGUAUUAUUGAUGGAGUCAUGUAGGUUGGAAUUCAAGCUUCUGCCUUGGUAUCCAUGGGUAUACAGAUUGGAGAUGAAAUAGAAGUUAAGGUGGAAGAAGCUCAUCCACGUGAUGAUGUUCUGUCACUCCAGCAAGUUAUUUGAGGCAUCUAAAAAGAUGCUUCAAUGCCCAAACUCAGACUUUGCAAAGACAUUGGCUCUUGAUGUUGCUAAGGUCAUCACUCUGGUAGGCAGGACUAAUCUGUGCUCAAUCAGUCAGUAAUUGGAAAAUAUUGUUUCCUAUUUCUGGACCUUUUUGUGAGUUAUCCCUACUUUACUUCAAAAUUUUACGGAAUGAUUCGGAAUCUCCCUUUACAUGGUGUGGAAAGAUUUGAGUAUGAAAUGUUUGGUGUUGUGCAAGGUUACCAGUCUGCCAGAUGCUCAUAAUCUGGAACAGAGAAGACAUCAUUUCUUGGAGAGAAUCUUCGUAAAUGUUAGCCUUGGUACAAGAGUACCGUUGCUGCUGCAUCACUAUACACAGGCCCUUAACCCUGCAAAUUGAUGCUACAUACUACUGGCUCCUCCCUGGAAGAACUAACUCCUGCUAUCAGCAUACAGGUCCCCAACUAGCUCCGCUUGUAGACUGAUAAUUUAGUGGUCUGAUUUCUCGCACUUUGGUUAAUCUAUUUGGCAUGCUUUAUGCAUCGAUAAUAUGGUGUUUCAAGCAGAUGUUUUCUCUAAAUUUCAAUACCAGGAAUACUUGUGUAAAUCAGAACAAUUGCAUCUACCAAAUAAAUGUGUGGCAUCCUCCUUUUUCAAAA